ACAUAAUGUCAGAGCCAAUUAAUAUUAAAUUGUUAGUUGUAGGAGAUGGAUCAGUCGGAAAAACUUGCAUAUUGUUAAGGUAUCUUAAAAAGUUUUAUAAAAAUCAGCUAUACAACAGAUAAAUUUCCAACUGAAUAUGUACCAACCGUAUUUGACAAUUAUCAAUCAAAAGUGAUGGUUGAUGGAAGAUAAGUUGAUUUAAGUUUAUGGUAAGCAUUUUUUUAAACAUAGGGACACUGCUGGUUAAGAGGGAUAUAAUAAUAUUAGAUAAUUAAGCUAUGAUAACACUGAUAUUUUCCUAAUAAUAUAUUCUGUUGUAGAAAGUAAUUCAUUCUCAAAUGCGUUGCAUAAAGUAAGGCUUUUAUUUGAUUUUAGUGGUAUCCAGAAUUGAACAAAGAUAAAUUUGAAUCUAUACCAAAAAUUCUGGUUGGCAAUAAAAUUGAUAUGAGAAAUGAAGGAAAUUCAAAUCAUGUUAAAAAAACUGCGGUAUAUCUAAAUUAAUAUCAGAAAGGCUGAAUAAUUAGUAAAAGACCUAAAUUGUUAAUUAUUUGAAGUGUCAGCAUUAACUCAAGAAGGUCUUAAACCAUUAUUUGAUACUGCAAUUUAAAUUGCUUUAAAUAAAAAAUUGAAGGCUCUUAAUGAUGCUCAAAAACCAAGUCAACCAGCUAAUGAUUCUUAAUGUUGCCAAUUAAUAUGAAUGUUAAUGAUAACAAUAUUUGAU